AACACGCCCUACUUACAUGCAAAGAUAAAUACAUACGAACUCGUAUGUGGUUCUACUUGUCGAACAUGGAAACCACUUCAAACCGAGUAAACAGAGCAGUAUUACCCGUCUGAACAGCCAGCCACACAGACCGCUUGCGGCUUAUCAGCGAAUAGCAUUGACCAUAAACUCAUUAGCAAUAUCAGGCAAUUGCUUACGGACACACAUACACACGCAAAUUACUAUUUCGUUACUCAUGCAGCCAAAGGGGGAGCAGCUGAUCCAAUUUGGGAGCAACAGAGAGUGAAAGAGAGAUGGAGAGAAUGGAAGAGUGUCCAUAAGCGCACGUAACGCAGGCGAUAAUGGAGAUGGGCGUCUAGCUGAGUGUGACUAACAAUAAAACAGCAACAGCUACGAGAGGCAUUUGUACACGCCGAGGAAGGCUUUCGACGAUCGCAGAACACCCAACCCGCCUAAUUUUCAUUUAGUACAAGCAAAACAGCGCUACGGUUUGAUUGUCCGACGGCGGCGGAUGUGAAUGAAUGCGAUUAAAAGCGAGCUCGUAGAAUCAGAAGAACGCGUCCAGUGAGCGUCGAUAAAAAAACUACUUCAUUUAUUUUGCUUUGUGAAUUUUAUGUGCGUGCAAAGUGCGAGUUCAAUGGCUACAAUUUACAGAAGCAAUGAAAUAAAAUGAUAUGAAAAGAAUGAAAUACGGGUUUUGAAAUUGUACCAAAUUAACGAUGUAUUAUUUUCCGCAUAAAGAACACACAAAUUGCCGCUAAAAUUGCCACAAAGAAAUGCAAAUUAAAUAAGUUUUUCCUCAGUUUACACUUUGUCACCUCGAGUGUGAAAAGCAAUUGAAGCUAAAGCAAUGCCGCAAUGAAACAGCAACAAACAUCAUUAACAGCAAUAAAGUCAAUUGAAUAAUAUUUUCUGCUGAAAAUAACUCAACUCACACGCGACUACACGAGGUGCAUAUGUAUAAAAAAGCACAAAUAACUACAACAACAACAAAAGAAAUAUACAAUAUACAAUAAUAUAUCUACAUAUACAUAUGUAUGUAUGUCUAUACAAGUAGAUUUACCAUAAUUGUAUAUAGACUAUGACUAGUGUAUAGAGAAAACGAGAAUAAAUAUGAAAUAAAGCACAAUAGAAGCUUAUCCAAUAAAAACACAAACACACUUACAAAUAAAUAAAACACAUUCACACAUACACAAAUAAGUGUCUAAAUAAGUUGGGAAUAUGUCAAAAUAUCAACUGCUACUCGAACCGUCUGCCACCGGCGAUGAAGAUGCUCCCACAACAGUCGUAGACAACAAUGACAGAACAACAACAACAAAUACAAGCCUCCAUAAUGCCGCCGAGAACCUACAGGCGCUGCUCUACACCGACAGCAGCAACGAUUCCAGCAGCAGCAGCAGCGGCGGACAUGCGCGUGUAGUACACAACAACAACAAUAGAAGCGGUAGCAAUAGCAUGCUUAGGCCCAGCAGCGGCAGCAGCAGCAGUUGGGAGUACAGUCCCUUCGACAGUGUCAGCGCAAACAGCAAUAACACCAACAACAACAUUAAUCAAACAAAAGCGACUGUGAUGUCAAGAGCAACAGCAGCAACAAUGAGUUUAGCCAACAUGGAAGCGAAAACGUCAUCAACAUCACUAUUGUUGGACGCUUACGAGGCGGAUGACACAACGAUGGAGGUGCCACUGCUUGGCGGAAAUGAUAAUAGCGAUUACCAUAACCACGCACACCAGCACUUCAUCUCCGCUUCCGCUGCCGCCAACAAUGCUGCUGCCGCAGCCGCCGCCACCUGCCAUUGCCAAUUACCCGGAUUUGGCACAAAUCUGCAUACAAAAUCCACACAAGAUGCGAAAUUCAAAAUUGUAUUAGCAAUUACGCUGUGCUGCGUUUUCAUGAUUGUUGAAUUCCUUGGCGGCUAUAUGGCCGGAAGUUUGGCUAUCAUGACGGAUGCCGCCCACUUGGCGUCCGAUUGCAUUAGUUUUGUCAUCGGUUUAGUGGCAAUUUGGUUGGGCGGACGACCGCCCGAUGACCGUAUGACCUUCGGCUACAAACGCAUGGAGGUGAUGGGCGCCAUUGUGUCGAUAUUAGGUAUUUGGAUACUAACCGCAACACUAAUUAUUGUGGCCAUGGAACGUUUAUACUCCAAUGACUUCGAUUUGAAAGCCGACACUAUGAUGGUUAUAUCGGGCAUUGGCAUUUUAAUUAAUAUCGUCAUGGUUUUCAUACUCCACGGCUCAUCGCUAACGCAUGGAGCUGCUCAUGGUCACAGCCACGCACAUGCACAUGCGCACUCACAUUCGCACAGCCAUUCAGCGUCCGCCGACAAUGCUUUGCUGCAAGUGAAUGGUUCAAAUGGCGGCGGUGGCAAUGAAUACAAAAAAUGUGAUACCGCCGAGAACCUAAAUUUGCGCGCCGCCAUGAUACACGUCAUCGGCGAUCUGGUGCAGAGCAUUGGCGUCUUUCUUGCAUCAAUUUUGAUACAAAUUUAUCCUAGCGCGAAGUUUGCCGAUCCGUUGUGCACUCUUCUGUUCUCCGUUAUCGUUUUCAUGACCACUGUGCCUCUGUUUCGGGAAUCAGUUGGUAUUCUUCUGGAUGCUGUGCCGUCGUCGAUCUCACUGCGUAGUCUGGCGUUGGAUUUGGCCGACAUUGAAGGCGUUAAAUCCGUACAUCAUUUGAACGUCUGGAGUCACACAAAUAACCACAGCGUCAUGAUGGUGCACUUAGUCAUUGAUUUUCUCUCGGAUAGCAACACGGUGCUGCAGCGCGCCACACAAGUAGCCUGUGGCAGCAAAUAUGAUAUCAAACAUUGCACCAUACAAAUCGAACGUUCCUCGAGCGCAUAAAACCAUUGCAUUUAGACGAAUAAGCCAACAUAUGCUUGUGUGCAGCAAAGAAGAAAAAAGUAAAUGAAAUUAAAACUUGUAAUAAAAUCAUUAACUUUAUGAUUUUUAUUGCCAAAGACUGAACCGACAGAUUAAACGAGCGUUGGACGCCUUGCCAGACCGAUGAAUGUGUGAAGAGAUUGUGAAAUUUAAGUUUAAUAGUUAGCAGUGCGGGUAGAGUAAGAGAGAUAGGAGAGGAGAUGAUAUACAAGGAGAGGAGAUCUAUAUACAUAUAUCUAUGUGUUGGUGCUCAUUUAUGAGCGCUUAAGGACGCUUGGAGGAGGAGGAGGAGGAGACGGCAUCCGAGCUGGAGUAAUUCCAUCACAGACAAUUGACGUUGUCAUUAAAUGCUCUGCGCUAAUUGAUCGUUAAAUUUAUUACCGCUAUGACAAGGCGCUCGAGUGCGUGGAUAUAUGGCUGUUUCUCAUAUAUGUUUAUAUAUAUAUGAAGAAUGUAUAUAUUUCACACGUGUGCUUCAUAAAAUGUGUACAGCAUAUAUAAGUAUAUGCACAUAUAUACACACAUAUCAAACGACCCCAACUCACAAUCAUUUAUUGCCAUUACUCACUAUUACUAAGCGUGAAACACCAAAGUUCACCGCUAAAACAAGCAAAAAAAAACCAAAAAAAAAAACUAAAAUAAAUAAACUAAAACUCAAACAAAUCACAAAGGUGUGAAUAUAAAUUGUAGCUUUCGUAAAUAUAUGUAUAAGAGUAUAUACAGAAAAUAAACAGUCUGCUGUUUGCUUGUUUUAUCGCGCUCAAUGUGAUAAUGAAAAUCCUCGCGGUUAAACAGCAAUUACAGCGCUGCAAUAUUCAGGUAAACAAAAUUGCAAAAAAAAGUAUUAGAAAAAAAUAAAAUUGUAAAAUAAGCAACAGUUAAUUAGUAUAUGUAUGUGGCCUUAGUUUUUGAGCGUGUAUAUUAAUAUUAUGUAGUUGUAUAUGUCUAAUAGUUACUAUGUAAGUUGUUGUUGCAUCACAAAAAUUAAUUAAAAUUGUCAUAUUUAUUCAGCGAGGCUAAUAAAAGUAAAAUAUUAAA